AUGAGGAGCCCGUCGCUGGAAAAAGGGCGCUAUCAACCGUUUUAUGGAACCCAUAAGCCAAGAGGGUACUAUUCUCGCGCCAAAAAGCCAUGGAUUUUAACACUUUCCACAGCGGUGGUGUUGACCAUCGUCAUGUUGUACCUAUCUCGCUCGCCCGUGGAGCCAAACUCGCCCCCCGCAACAUAUGAUAGAACAUCUCCUGACCACCCUGUCUUACAACUCGCAAGGAACGCUCAGACUUCGUUCAACGCCACACUGGGCAGGCAGUCUAAGACUUUGAAGCAGGCAGUGCUGGAAUACAAGCGCCGAUACAAGAUGCCACCGCCUCCUGGCUUUGAUCAUUGGUACAACUUCGCCAAGGAGAGAAACACGGUUCUGAUCGAUGAGUUUGAUGUCAUCUACCAUGCACUGCUGCCGUUCUGGGGACUGAAGCCGAGUGUACUACGCGCGCGAGCCCGAGAAGACCUCGGAAAUAGCGACAAUGGCUUUAUGAGUAUCUCCAUACGAAAGGGUCGAGCGUUCUGUGCGAGUUCCACCCAGCUGUACCAGCGUGUUGGGACUAUGAGUAUCCUUGAGCCGUUUGUUAAGUGGCUGCCUGAUAUGGACUUGCCAUUCAAUGAGCAUGACGAGCCGCGAGUGGUCGUGGCACACGAAGAGUUGAGUCAGAGGGUUUCUCUCGGCAGGGAGGCGCAUGAUCGUCUGUCUCGAGUAUCGAGCCCGAGUGAUAACUAUACGGUCUCAUACCCCUUCCUUGACGAGCCACCGCCGGUCCCAGAAACACGAUACAAAUCGCUCCAAUUUCAAAACAACUGGGCUUUCUCCACUCUCUCUUGUCCUCCCGACUCGCCUGCGAGAGACCUCGAUGGAAAUGCGGUAGAUGAUGCCGCCUCGUAUGCAAUCGAACCCCUGGGGUUUAUUUACAAUCAGACAGCAUUCAGUGAUGUUUGCCAGAGUCCAUCUUUGCAGCAUCGUCUAGGCAUUUUUGAAAGUCCACAUACUUUAAAGCUCACAAAUGAGCUCAGCCCUGUGUUUUCAACCUCAAUGCCAUCCUCCUUCCAAGAUAUCCCAGUGCCAUCGACUUGGUACCAUGAGAAGAUGGCUGCGUUUGACAAAGAAACCGACUUGAGGUGGACGGACAAAGCACAUCAGCUGUACUGGAGAGGUGGAAACACAGGAGGUCAUACUGAUGAAGAUACAUGGCGAAAUACCUUGCGUCAGCGAGUGAUUGGGAAUUUAACGCACCCCAGCUCAGCACAAUACGUUCUUCGACCAAUGGAUAACUCAAUGCCAGAACAACGCACUACCAAUAGCAGCGCCAGUGGUUGGGAUAUUCGAGCAAUCCAGCCGGGGGAGUACGACAAACAUUUCAAUCUCAGGUUCACUACCAUAAGCCAUUGUGAACACAAUUGCGACUCCCAGACCCAAUUUUUCGGCGGCGAGGCUGAAGUUGAGGAGCCAAGCAAAGCCUGGAAAUAUCGUUAUUUACUCGAUAUGGAUGGCUGGGCCUACAGUGGGAGGUUUUACUCUUUCAUGAACAGCAAAAGUCUGCCUCUCAAAGUUUCCCUCUUCCGUGAAUGGCAUCAAGAUAUUUUGAUCCCAUGGGUGCAUUAUGUCCCUAUCAACAAAGAUGCCGACGAGGUUGUCGAGCUUAUCCGAUACUUCGAGCACUAUCCAACCGGAAGUCUCAUCGCGGAGAAAAUUGCAACUGAGGGUAAAGAUUGGGCAGAGCGUGCACUGAGAAACGAGGAUAUGGAAGUGUACAUGUUUCGUCUCCUCCUAGAGUAUGUGAAUCGGUGCCUCUUCCAGGAGUCUAGCUAA